UACUCAUUCCCUCUUCAGCAACAACUAUGAAUACCUUAAAACGGUUGAACAAUUUUAUUUCUACCAUCUAUAAAACCGAUCCCAAAUUCCGAGAGCGGAGGAAUUCUCUCAAGAUCCUAAUUUCUUAUUUUUUGGGUACAAAGAAACCUAGGGUUUGGAGAAAUUUAUAUGUUUUCUUUUGGUUUAUGCAACAAAAAUCUAUCAAAGAUCCACCAAAUAACAAAAUAUUGACUUUAUGAUAGAAGUGUACAUUCCUCGGUUGGACAUUAUGCUUGGUUGGUUGCAUUCCAAAAUUGAGCAGCUACCUGUUUCUUCAGAAAAUUCUCCAUUUCAUCCGAAGCCUGAAGAAAUUGAGCAUCUCCGCAAGUAUGUAACAUGCUUGGAAAAAGAGCAAUCUUUGUUGCAAUGAUCACAAAGUCACUGUCGGUACUCUAUGGAUGCUGUGAUUCGUUGGGAGAAACGACUUGUUGGAAAUAUGAAUAUGCCGAAUCUCAUGGCAGCUUUGCACUUUCCUCAACUGAAAGCCGGAACACCUUUGCAAUCUACAAAUGUACCUUCCUCUACACUUUCUUCUUGUACAUCUUUGGCUUCAUCUGAUUUACCAGGUAAACCCUAAUAUCAGCAGAAUGUUGUUCUGUCUUCACUACCAAAGGAUGAAAAUAUUCCCAUUUCUUUUCUGUCCCUCUUGAUAGCUUUCAAACAAACGUUUAUACUGGUGAGUUGUAGUGGAAUUUCCAACCAGAUAUGUAGAAAGUCAGGGUAAUUGUACAAUGCUAAUUAGGUUAUUUGUUGGAUUUUCUUAUUGUGUACUUGACAAUAUGUUUCUCGAUCCUUUAAUGAGUCCAACUAUUUCAUUUCUGCUGCACUAUCCUGCUGUACUUGAGUUUCAAGAACACUUUUAGAAAUUCACUAGUGUUGAACUCCCAAGUUAGAGUUGGUGGAUUUUCUUUUAAUGAUAAACAGUUCAAUGCUACCGAAAUAAGAAUGUAUUUGUUUUUUAGUCGAGUUUUGCUAAUUGUUUUUGACUCUACUUAAGAAAGCUUUUAAUAUAUUCUGUGUGUAUCUUUGUUUAGAUCAACUGUUUAAAGAGUUAACAUGCUUAAUCUGGGCAUCUUUUAGUUCUGUUAGUUAUAAACUUUUAGUACUGAUUGCUUGAUUGUAUAACUUCUUACUAACUAAGCAUAGGUUGUAGUAAGGACAGUACCAAUCCCAUGAAACCACUUUAACUACUCUUUCUAUGUUUUUUUUUUGUCAUCUCACUUACAGUGUUUAUGCUUUUCUUUUGUUUCUUCUUUGCUUGGCUAGCAUCAGUAGAUACUAUGAGUUCUAGAGGUACAAGCGUAGAUGAGCAGACUUAGAUAACAAAUAAGAUUAAUUUCAUGAAAGAAGCGUACAUUCCUAUGUUGGACGAAAUGCUUAGUCGGUUGGAUUGCAGAUUUCAGCAGCUACCUAUUUCUUCAGAAAUUUUUCCCUCUCAUCUGAAGCCUGAUGAGAUUGAGUAUCUCCGAAAGUAAAAACAAAAUUGGAAAAAGCUCGAUCUUUAUUGCAAAUAUCACGAGGUCCUCGUCGGUCUAUGGAUGAUGUAAUUCGUUGGGAGAAGCAAAUUGUUAAAUUUCUGAACUUGCCGAAUCUCAUGGAAGCUGUUCAAUUACCUGGUGAUCUGUUGUCGCAGUUGCAAAUUCCUCAACAGAAACAGCAUGACAGCAACCAGAACAAUCCUGAGAAGUCAGUUUCAACAAUAACACCUAUAGAACGAUUAGUUAAAGCGGUAGAGAGAUCGUCAUUCAAAGUAUUAAGUGCGGCGGUCGAUGACAUUCUUUCAGUAGUCAGUUUGACUGAUACACUCGCAGGAGCACACCCUGGCGAAGGAGGAGCUAGAUCUUUUAUUCAUGAAAACUUAGCGUCUACCACAAAGGGUCAUGCCGAACGUAGAAAUUUCGAAGUAAUAAACAAUGUGGUCGAAAAGAAACUGAAGCAAUGCUAUUCAGUUGGAAGCUCUUUAAAUGAUUUGCCACUUGAUUAUAAUGAAAAUAAUGGUUGUAAAAAUGUAACUGGAUUUGAGUCAUCUGAAGAACCAAAAUCAGCUGCAACAUCUGGAAUUAAGAAAUCAAGACUUGAGGUGAAUAAUGUCCUUCUGGAAGAAGUUGGAGCGAUAAACCAUGUGCUGAUCAAUACAAAGCUGAGUAUUAUUGACAAGAGUAUCACUCUGGUGUCAAAUGCAGGUGAAGAUGUUGAAGGAAUGAUUGUCAACUGUACAUUCAGCCCAAUAUCUCGCAGUUCAAGUACUGAAAAGUUUCCUGCUCUACCGAUGUGGUUCUUAAUCCCUGCAAACAUGGUUUAAAAAGGCGUUUGUGGGGCGCGCUUUUGGGCACUUUUUUGCUCUUCAGGUCCUAGGCGCUUCUAGAGCGCCGCUUUACGAAUUGGUUUAUAUUAGAAAGUGAA